AUCAAUCGCCGCUAAGCCUGCAAACCCUAAUUUUCCGAAACCCUGCAAGAACCGAUUUUGACCCCAAAAUCCAAUUUUUUUUUUUUUCCCAUCAAGCUCUCCCUCUCUCCCUCCCCAUGGGCCGAAAGCUCCGGCGAUUUGUCGGCGCCCUGAAAGACAAGGCUUCCCUGACAAAAGCCGCAUUCGUCUUCCCUCCUUGCUCCUCCGCCGCCGAUAUCGCCGUCCUCCGCGCCACCUCUCACGACCACCCCUCCUCUCCUCCCCACCCCCAUCACAUCUCCGCCCUCCUCUCCUUCGGUCACGGAGCCCGCCCCGCCGCAUGCGCCCUCUCCUCCUCCCUCUCCUCCCGCCUUCUCUCCACCCGCAACCCCUCCGUCGCCCUCAAAUCCCUCCUUUUACUCCACCUUCUCCUCCGCUCCGCCCCCUUCAUCCUCCUCGACUCCCUCUUCUCCUCCCUCCUUCCUAAACCCUCCGGCCACCACUCCCGCAGCCCCCUCCUCCUCUCUUCCUUCCCCCUCGGCGCCGACCCCCUUUCAUGGUCCCUCUCCUCCUGCGUUCGCUGGUACUCCCGUCUCCUCGAGCUCCGAUUACUCCUCCCUGAACCCACUCCCGAUCUCUCCGACUGGGUUUCCUCCCUUCUCACCCGAGAUCUCAUCGCCGAACUCGACACCCUCGUUAAAUUUCUCGCAGAGGCCUCCUCUCCGCCGGAGAUGCGCUGCGGCGGCGGCCGAUUGGUGGCUGAAGUGGAGAAGUUGGUGAUUGAAGAUAGGAUUGCCGCGGAGAACGGGAUUCUAGCUCGGCUCGGGGAGGUUCGGGAGCGAAUCGGAGCGGUUGGCUUCGCCGAUGCGGUCGAGUUGGUUUUCGUCCUCCGCCGGCUGGAGGAUCAUCGGCCGGCCCCAUAUGGAUGGAUGAGGAUUGCCGGCGCCGGUUUUGGAAUGAAGUGAAGGACGUUAAGGCGAUGGCGGAGGAUGUUGUUGUGAAGAGGGAGGUGGAGGCCAGAAAGCUGCGGCUGCUUCGGGCCGCCAGCGCUUCGGACCGGUUUGCGGUUCGGUCCGGGGAACUGGUUGUGUUUGGUUCGAACCGAUGGAUUAAAUAAUUUUUUUUUUUUUUUUUUUUUGUAUUAUAAAUUUUUGUGUUCUUCUUUUUUUGUUUUGAUUAGAAUAAGUUCUGUUGGUGGUUGAAAAGUCAAGGGGCAUGUUUGGGAAGAAAAUAUUUUAUGAAUUUUAGUAGUUAAUUACUUGAUUAAUUAAUGUG